CAAAAAACGGUUAAUGGCCGACCCGUUAACGGUCGGCACAAACUCCAUUCCUACCACAACCUGUGCUAGCUCACUCUUGGUUACAAAAGCACUAUCCUGCAUGUAUACUAAUGCCCAAGGCCUCAUAAGUAAGUUGGUAGAACUGCGUCACCGUUUGGCUUCGGAGCCUCGAGACAUCAUAAUGAUCGCCGAAACCUGGCUGAGCGGCGAAAUCACAGACGCUGAGAUUGCCAUACCGGGUAUGUCAAUUCUCCGGAACGACAGAACGGGCAAGGGCGGUGGUGUGCUCAUUUAUUUCCGAACGAACCUUCGUUGUGAGCUCAUAGACGAUCCCCAGACUUGUGUCACCGACGUCCUUUGGUGCAAACUGUGGUUGGAACGCAACGACGUAUGCCUUCUCUCUGUGGUUUACCGACCACCGAAAUCCACUCCGGAAAGGGACAACAGACUUAUCUCCGCUUUUCGCUCCGUGCUUAAGCAGAAGUACAGCCACAUCCUCGUUGCAGGAGAUUUCAACACCCAUGACUUGGAAAAACCAGCAUCCGAGACAGACGUGUUCAAGGCAUAUUUGCAAGAGCUACGCUCUAGCACCUUCUUGUAUAACCACGUCACCGUUCCAACCAGGUUCAGAACAGGAAACAACCCAUCGAUAUUAGAUCUAGUGCUCACUAACGAAGAGCUCAUGGCCGAUGGACUAAAGGUGUGCAGUCCUUUGGGCCGUAGCGAUCACGUGACUUUGCAGUUCGAUUACAUCUGCUACGCCGAAUAUCCAGCUGCGGAGCUCGAAACGAGGCAAUCUGUUACCAAUUACCACGUUCUGUCUGCUCUAGUUGAGAAUACCAGUUGGACUUUUCUAGCUAAGUGCACCCCAGAACUAGCCUGGAAGACAUUUGCGAACACUAUCACGUCACUUGUCAUAGAAGCCUCAACACCAAAAGUUUCCCAACAACCCCGCACAGCGAAAUCAUUCUUGCGAAGCCGAACGCGAAAAUGCAUGACUCUAAGGGAUCGGGCAUGGCGCAUGUAUAAAAGCAACCCCAGCGCAGAAAACUGGACGGAAUACGUUUCGCAUCGCAACUACUGUGUGCUUUUGGUUCGCGAAGACAAGAGAACGCAUCAGCAGGAGCUAGCCAAACGAUUCUGUUCGAACAAAAAGCUUCUUUACAAACAUGUGAAUGGACUUCGCUAG